UACAGCUUCGGCGCAACGGCACACUGCAAUCGGUAGUCGGAUCACAGACGCCGCAAGAUCUUCCAGUCGUCCGAAUAUUAUUUAUAAUUUUGUAUCGAGUUUUGAUAUACACAACAGUCGAUAUCGMAUAUUUUAUUAAAAUGUUUCGCGUUCCCAUAAAUUCUGUGCAAAACGUCGUCGUGCGCCUGUCGUAAUCCAUCGGUCUCCUAACUAUGGGCAAAAAAUCUGCUCUGGUUCUGUAUCCACUGACUAAACUCACGGUUAUCUUGCGAAAGCACAUCUCGCAACAUGUAGCAAAUUUAAGAGAAUUUGAAGAAUUAAAUUUUGAUAACUAUUAUUUAUAUCAAAAUGCUUUAAGAUAUUUUGAAAUUGAAGGGAUAGUAUGCAGGACUUAUCGAACAACAUUAGUAAAUUGUGCUUCAGAUAGGGAAUAUGUAUGUAAAUUGCACUGUAUUCGUCAAGCUUUUGAACAUUUAUUUAAGAAUGAAAAAAACUCAAUGUGGUUUGCUGAUUGUGGGAGACGUAUAUUAACUGAUAUUUUUUUAUUUGCUGAAAAAGACCCCAAGGAUUUUCUUUUGGCUUAUGAAGAGAUGUUGAGUUGGGCAAAAACUGAUGCGCACUGGACAGAAGCAGAAAAUGAACUGUCAACUAGGGGUGUUAAAAAAAUGACAUUUUAUGACAUUGUUAUGGACUACGUUUUAAUGGAUGCAUUUGAAGAUCUCGAAGCACCUCCAACAUCGGUGAUUGCAGUUAUACAAAAUCGUUGGCUAUCUAAAGGAUUUAAGGAAACUGCUUUAUCAACUGCAGUAUGGUCUGUUCUCCGUGCGAAACGUAGUAAAUUGAAAUAUCCAAAUGGUUUUAUGCAUCAUUUUUAUAACAUAUCUGAACAAAUGUCACCUUUACUUGCGUGGGGCUUUCUAGGUCCUGAUGAAGAACUGAGCAGAAUAUGUUUAUUUUUUAAAGAUCAAGUCAUUGAGCUAAUGCGUGAUAUAUUCAGCUUUGAUAAAUGUCGUUAUACUACUAAAGAAGAACUAUCAUCAGAUAUGUUUGAGCAAUUCAAAAUACGAGCAGAGAACAUCAAUAAAAUGAUAGAAAUGAAAUGUAGUUUAGAAGUUAAGUCUUGAGCAUCAAUCUUUUGAUUUUAAUUGAGAUACAUUUGAAAAGUUACCAGCUUAUGUAUUUAGUGCAUUUGUUGAGCAUUGACACUCAAAGGUUUUUUUUAAAUAGUUUUAAAUUUAAUUUUAAUGUUAUUAUUUAUUUUGUUGUAAAAAUGUACAACUUUUUAG